GUACGCGACGAUCAAAUUGUAAACAUUAGCCGCGUGUGAGUGAGUCGCAGUAUUCGUACAAUUUCAUUCAGUGUGUGGAACUAGCCCGGUCCAGGUAACAAGUAAAUUUUCCUCUCCAGGAGUCGUACAAGAAAUUAAGGUCGCCAAAAGUGCUGCUUGCUUCGAAAGGACACCAAACAAAUGAGUUUUGAAGUUCAGGACGAUGCAGUCGCAACAGGACCACUAAAAGCUUCGCAUUCGGGACACAGAGCAGGCCCAUUAAUUUUGCAAUUUCAAGGUGGCACAGCAAUAAAUAAAGGAGCUGCUUCUCAACAACGUUCGAAUAAAAUAUCUUUCAGUCAAGAUAGUCAAUCACAGCAAAAUGAAGCCCCUGAAACAGUGAAAACGGAACAAACUGUUGAGCCCAAAAAAACUGCGAAGAGCCAAAAAAUGGAUUCAAAAAAUGUUUCUUCUAGUGAAACAUUGAACAAGAAAAAUAAAACUUUACCAGUUGAAUCGGCAAAAGUCAAAAGAUCUAAAUAUAAUAACGCAACUACCAGUCGCUCUCUAACAUCAGUUUUCAGCAAUGAAAAUCAAGAAAUCACCGACCCAAAAAUUACGAGGAGGAAAUCUACCCAAAGUCAUAGUGUGACUGAAAAUCAAUCUACUGAUAUCAACAACAAUGAAGAAAAUGUGAAUCUUCAUGAAAUACUUGAUUCAACUUCUAAUGAUGACAAAAACGCUUCUCAGGUUGAAAAUACUCCCCCGGUUACAAAUAGUCAAGCUUCGAAUGAAUGUUCAACCGAUGCAGAUACCCGAAUCCGAGAAACAUGUCGAACGAUAUUAAAUUUCGGUUCAACACAACUCUCAGGCACAAUAAGUGCAAAGGGACAAUCCGAUCCAACAGAAAGUGAAGAGAACAAAAAAAAUGAUUCACAAAUUAUUUUGUCUGAUGAAACAUUAAACAAGAAAAAUAUACCACAAUCAGCUAAAACAACUAAAGCCAGAAAAUCUAAAAGUGAGACUGUAACUACCACCGAAAACAUCGAUCACUUUCAAACAUCAGUUUCCAGCGAUGAACAUCGGGACAGGGUUAUCACCAAAAAUACUAGAAGAAAAUCGACACAAAUUAACAGAAAACCUGAACAUCGACCAUCAGAAAUCUGUAAUAAUCAUGAAAAUUCAAACGUGGCUGGAGUACUCAAUGCAACUUUUAGAAAUGACAUAAUCGCUUCUAGUGUUGACAAUGUUCCACUGCCUAGCACUAGUUUAGAUGACAAUGUUAAGCCAAAAGAAACUGAGAAGAACAAAAAAAUUGAUUCAGGAAUGAUUUCGUCAGCUGAAACAUUGAACAAGAAAAAUAAAACUCUACCAGCCAAAAUAACAAAAUCCAAAAGCCCUAAGAGUGAGAAUGAAACUACUCCUAAAAAAAUUAAUCAGGCUCAAACAUCAGUUUCCAGCGAUGAAAAUUAUGAUAUUUCAUCUUCAAACCUUCUUUGGAGCAAAUCAAAAUCAAGUGACAGUCUUCCUGAACAGCAAUCUUCUGAUGUCAGUAAUAAUGAUGAAAAUCCUGGUAAAAUACUUCAUUCAACUUUAAAAGAAGACAAAUGCGAGUCAGUUGUUUCACUGCUAAACACUAGUCCAAUUCCGAGCCAUAUUGCAGUUAAUUUGAGUUCCCUAUGCGGUGAAAAAAUUUCAUCGGAUAGCAGUGAUAAAAGUUUAUCGGUUGGCAGUGAAAAAACUUCAUCGGAUAGCAGUGAUAAAAGUUUAUCGGUUGGCAGUGAAAAAAGUUCAUCGGAUGGCAUUGAUAAAAAUUUAUCGGUUGGCAGUAAAAAAAGUUCAUCGGAUGGCAGUGAAAAAAGUUCAUCGGAUGGCAGUGAUAAAAGUUUAUCGGUUGGCAGUGACAGCAGUUCAAACUCACUCGCCUCGACAGGUGCAAUUAAAAAAGUUACGGAACCAAGAAGAAAAAAAAAUGCUUAUAACAGUCAACGGACUCGAGAAAAUACUGGUAUGGAAACGAUACCUGAAUCUUCACUCGAGAGCAUAGAAGCUAGUUCAACAUCUUGCAAUGAUGUACAAAAAGAAGCCAAAACCAAAAGUGAUACUGAUGAUUGUAACAGUAAUUCAAAAAUUAAAAAAACACCAGGGCUACCAAAAGAUGAAUCCAUCAGUAAAAUUCACGAGAGAGCUGGGACCAAUAAGCCUGAAAAAAAUGAGCCUCUGCAUCAAAAAAAUCAACCGAGUACUUCGUCAUCGUGGAAACGACAAUCUGAACAUGGUACACGAGGACGGAGUAGAAAAAACGAAGAAGAGGAUUGCUGCGAAGAUCACUUCAAACGCUGUAAACACUAUAAACACAAGUGUCAUAAGAAAAAAAAAUCGAAGAAAAGUACAAGUAGACGACCACUAGAAGAGACCUUUGCGAGAAAAUUAAUAUCUCUCGUCAAGCUAGGCGAUCAAUUCGAAGGGGCCGCAAAAUGCCGCCGCAGUAAAGGCAGUAAGGGUGGUGGUGAAAAAUGCAUCUGUCCUUCGAGCAGUUCCUCCGAAUCAUCCUCGAGCGAGUCCUGCUCGUCAGAUUGCGAAUGCCAAUAUGAAUCCAGCAGCGAUGACUCGACCUGUAAAUGCUGUCAGUGUCGAAUGCCGAAGGAACCCCAAUCAUCUUCGGGGUACACAACGAGUGAAGUAUCGUCAACCGAUUUCUAUAACGAUGAAAGCUCGAUGUCUUCUUGUUGCGAUCGCAGACACACUCAAUCUAAAAAAGCUCAUGGUAGUAACUUUGACAGAUCUCGACCAAGGUGUUGUGGAAAUAGACACUGUGCAAAUGAAUCUACGGAUGUUUCUUCCAGUGAUGCAAAUUGUAAAUAUAAUUUACAUAAGAAAAGUCGUCAAAGUCGUCGUAAAUCGACAAGAGAUUCCGAAGAUGAAGAUUUUUGCCGGUCAAAGUGCAGUUGUCGAGAUUGUCGAAAAUCAAAAUCAAAAUCAAAAUCAAAAUCAAAAUCAAAUUCCGAAGAUGAAGAUUUUUGCCGGUCAAAGUGCAGUUGUCGAGAUUGUCGAAAAUCAAAAUCAAAAUCAAAAUCGAAAUCAAAAAAACAUUAAGUAGCUGGUAAUAUAAUCAUUAUUCACUCA